UGCUGCCUGUCAGAUGAUGCUAGUGACAAUUAGCGGGGCAAAGCUAACGCUUUCUACAUUUGGCCGGGACACAAACAAAAUAGCCUAUCUCGCAGUGACUGUACACACGGGGUUGCGGCCGUCUUUGAAACACAAAUCUUGCCGCUUGGAUACGACCGCGUAUGGGAUGCUGCACCACAGCGCGCGGCUGAUGUGAAGAGAGGAUGGUGACCAUCGCGGUGUUAUGACAGAUCAGCCCCUCCGAACAGGUGCGUUGCGUGUGUGUGAGGGAUGUAUUCGGAGUGGCGUUCGCUGCAGCUGGAGCUGUGUGGGGGGGGUCCGGAGCCGAGCGUGCUUCAUGCCUACCCCCCCUCUGUGGGCCAGGAGGUGGCCGCAGUACUCCUCAAGCCUCUAGGGGGAGCUCUGAAAGGAGCAGGACACAACGCCAACAGCAGCAGUCUCAGGACGGAUAAAGAGGUGAAAUGGACGAUGGAGGUGUUGUGUUUCGGCCUGACCCCCCCGGUUGACAUGGAGACGGUGCGGCUGUGUGUGGAGGUCUACACCGAUUGGCUGAUGGUGCUGGUGUCACCACGAGACUCCACCCCCCCACCCCUACUCCGAGAGCCGGACCGUUACACGCAGAUCAUACUCACACACCUCUACAACCUCUUCCUACCACGGGAGGAGGAGCAUACUCUUCUGCAUCUGAAGCUGUGUCAGCAGGUGCUGGAUGCUGUGCUGCGAUUGGCUCGUGAUGCGUCAAUCAUGUCCCGGCAGACUUGGGAGGGACUUCUGGUCUUCCUGCUCCGCAUCUCGGACACCCUGCUGGCACCGCCUAUAGCUGGAGGUGGUGUAGUGGAGCACCUAGCUGAGCGCCUGAUAGCGGUGUUGUUCGAGGUUUGGCUGCUGUGUUGUCUUCGCUCCUUCCCCUCUCCUCCGUAUUGGAAGACAGCUAGGCAGAUGGUGGCCAACUGGAGACAUCGCCCCCCAGUGGUGGAGCAGUGGAGCCGCGUCGUAGCCGCACUCACAUCCAGGCUGCUGGCGUUCACGUACGGUCCGUCCUUCCCGCCAUUUAAAGUCCCAGAGGAGGACGCUCAGCUGGUUCCUAUGGAGAUGGAUAAGGACUGUGUUGCCCAAACAUGGUUCAGAUUCCUACACAUGCUCAGUAACCUGGUGGAUCUGAGUAACCCCGUGCUGGUGAGCACCACCCCCAAGUUCCAGGAGCUGCUGCUGGGUACCGGGGCCAACCACGAAGGAGCGCUGCACCCCUGCCUGCGCCAGCUGCCACACAUCUUCUACCGCGCCAUGCGAGGCCUCAGCAGCCUGGUGGAUGCAUUCAUGGGUACGUCUCGUCCACAUGCCGACAGUUCUCCCCCCACCCCUCUGAGCCGGACCAGCGUGCCCCCUCCCUCCAGCGCCAGCAGCACGCCCCCCGCCCCCCGCAAACACCGCUCCACCGUCAGCAAGACCAGCAGCAAGUCGUCCAGCAGUAGCGGCUCUCAGCCGGUGCGGAGCUCCCCCCACCCUCCCUCUGGCUCCUCCCCUCUCUCCAGCCCGACCAAUCAGAGCAGCUGGGAGCCACGGCCUCUGCCCGCCCCCUCCAGGCCCAAGGUCAACAGCAUCCUCGACCUGUUUGGCCAGUGGCUGUUUGAUGCCGCGCUGGUGCACUGCAAACUGCAGAGGGGCAUGACCCACGACCCCAGCCGCACAGCGGUGGUGUCUGGCGUGGGUCUGGAGCUGAAGCGUAAGGGCUCGCAGCUCUCCUCGCUCUCGGGAGACUCGCUGGUCUCCAACCCCAUGUUCGACUCGCACGACCUGCCCGACUCCUACGAGGCUGGACGCGCCGAGGCCUGCAGCGCCCUCUGCAGGAUAUUCUGCAGCAAGCGCACCGGGGAGGACAUUCUUCCUGUCUACCUGUCCAGGUUCUACAUGGUCCUCAUCCAGGGUCUGCAGGUGUCUGACUUCCUCUGUCGUCCGGUAUUGGCCAGCGUCAUCCUAAACUCCACCCCCUUGUUCUGCUCCGACCUCAAAGGGGUCAACCUACUGUUACCCUACUACACACGCGCCCUGGAGACCAUUCUACCUGACAGGGAGUUGGGGAAAUACCAGUCAUGUGUGAAUCCAGUGGACUUGCGGAGAGCCUCCAUCCUGCUGCUGCUGUCCAUGCUGCCGCUGCCCCUGCACUUUGGCAACGUCAAGACUGAGGUGAUUCUGGAGGGUAAAUUCAAUAACGAUGACGGUUGCCAGGGAGACCAGCCCGUGUCCUUCCUGUCGCUACGGUUACGCCUCGUCAACAUUCUGAUUGGAGCGCUACAGACGGAGACAGACCCUGGCAACACACAGAUGAUACUAGGUGCUAUGUUGAAUAUGGUGCAGGAUUCUGCCCUGCUGGAGGCCAUUGGAACACAGAAAGAACAGGCUCCUCAGGCUCCUGUUGGCACAGCACCCUCUAUGGGCCACAGUCGUCACAGCAGCAGCCUGAGUGCCACCAGCGGGGGCAGCGUGGAGCUCUCCAGCUUUGACUCCGACCGGGCGCCUCACGCCCUGCUGAGAGACUAUGUGCCCUCCAGCCCAGACUCUGCCAUGGGCCUGCUGGUGCGUAGUGUCCACCUGGUGACCCAGAAGUUGACCUCCUCCUGGAGGAACGACAUGAGCAUCUCACUGGCAGCACUGGAGCUGCUCGCAGGACUCGCCAAGGUGAAGGUGUGUGUGGAGGCGUCAGAGAAGCGCCGUGCGGUGCGCAGUGUGUGUGACUUCAUCGAGUCCCAGUGCAGUCGGCCGGCCCCUCAGCACUCCAGAGAUCUGCACUCCAUGAUCGUGGCCGCCUUCCAGUGCCUCUGCGUCUGGCUCACCGAACACCCAGACCUCCUGGACAACAAGGCCUGCCUGAGUGAGGUCUUGGCCAUAGUGGAGCUGGGCGUCUCGGGCAGCAAGUCCAAGCAGGAACAGGAAGUGCGUCUGAAGGGCGAGAAGCUGCUAAGCCCCGCCUCCCUGCGCGUCAAGGACGCCGCCGAGGCCACGUUGUCAUGCAUUAUGCAGGUGCUGGGGGCGUUUCCCUCGCCGAGUGGUCCCGCCUCCACAUGCAGCCUGCUGAAUGAGGAUUGGCUGAUCCGUUACUCGCGGCUGGACGCCACUGGUGGACAGCCCUUCCGUUACUUCGUGCUGGACAACUCAGUCAUCCUGGCCAUGCUGGAGCAGCCGCUGGGCAACGAGCAGAAUCCAUGCCCGUCUCUGACGGUGCUGGUCAGAGGGAUGUCAGGUCGUCAUGCGUGGACCAUGCAGCUCUUCCACCAGCCCAGAGCUGCAAGAGCCAACCAAAAAGUCUUCUCUCCUGAGGAGCGCCCUGCUGCGCGGGCCUCUGUGGCGUCGCGUCCCGGCGUGCGUCCGCGUCCGUUUCCUGAGGAGGUGGACAAGGUGCCGCUGGUCAAGGCCGACCUCAGCAUCCCCGACAUACAUGACCUCCUCACGGCAGAGGAUCAUCUGAUAGACAUUACGGCCAUGAGAAAGUAUAGCAAUCCUUAUCUGGAGGCUCAGCAUGAGCGGCUGCAGGUAGCCAUGUGUCAUCAGUGCGACUACGAACAGACCGUAGAACAACUCCGAGACGACCUGAACAGAGAAGGCGGGGAUAAUGAUGAGGGCCAUUCGCAAGAUAAUGAGAAGCGAAACUCCACCCACUCGCAUGAUAAUGAGGGCGUAAGGACGGCCCGCCCUCGUGAGUGUACGCCCCCUGAGCCCGCCCAGGACUUUCAGACAGCUCGCCUCUUCCUGUCACACUUUGGAUUCCUCUCGCUAGAGGCCCUCAAGCCUCAGGACCCGGGCAACAGCCGUCUGCCUCCUCAGCUGGUGUCUCUGGACGCGCAGCAGGCCGGCUUCUCCCAGGACCUCAGCUACCUGGACCUGUUGCCGUGCCGACCCUUCGACACCGCAUUCCUCUUCUACGUCAGGGCCGGCCAGAAGAGCAGCGAGGAGAUCCUCCGCAAUGUGGAGUCCACAGAGGCGGUGCACCCUCACUUCCUGGAGUUUGUGAUGUCACUGGGCUGGCCAGUGGUGAUUGGUCAACACCCCGGCUGGACGGGUCAUGUGGACACCAGCUGGUCCAUCAGCCACUGUGGAGACACCGAAGAAUCCCAGGAAGGUGAAUGCUCUCCUGAGGAGGACAGUAAGGCGGUGGGCUUCAAUGGGGAGAAGAGAGUCCUGUACUACGCAGACGCCAUCACUGAAAUUGCCUUCAUACUGCCCACUUAUAAAGAACACUCAGCUGAGUCCUCAGAGGUGAGCGACACCACUGGGGAGGCGGAGCCACAUAAUGAGCUGCCUGCUGAUGUCAUCAAGCCCCGCCUUACUCUGGAUCUCCACCCAACCAACACGGAGAACCUCCUACAGCGGAGCCCAGGCAUGCGUGUUAGGAGGACCCCCUCAUCUCGACCGCUACACCCCCUGGGCCCUGAGACUAAAGUACUGCUGGCCUGGGUGGAGAGCUACGACGACAUCGAGAGUUUCCCGAUGGCUGAGCUGCUGGCGGAGACCAGUACCGGGCUGGAGACUGGAGGCAACAGCAGCUCCUCAUGCAGGUCUGUGUUCUAUGAGAAGGAUGUGCCUGUGGUGUUCAUCCACCCUCUGAAGACCGGUCUGUUCCGCAUCAAACUGCACCGCAGCGCCCCCAAACUCAACAUGGUGCUCCCUCUAGUGGACGGGAUGGUCGUCAGCAGGAGAGCACUGGGUGCCCUGGUGCGUCAGACGGUGGUGAACGUGUGUCGUCGUCGGCGACUGGAGAGCGACUCGUACAGCCCUCCCCACGUACGCCGCAAACAGAAGAUCGCUGAGAUCGCACAGCGCUACCGCAGCCAGCAGCUCGAACCCGCGUUCUACACGUCACUCUUUCAAGAGCCAUCUCAAUGACACACACGGACACACACGCCGCACACACACACACAAACACACACACACACACACACACACACACACACUAUCAUAGCCAGCAGCUCGAACAUGCGUUCUAUACGUCGCUCUUUUAAGAGCCAUCACACAUAAGUACAUACACGCACAUACACACACGCGCUACCACAGCCAGCAACUUCACUUUCCGUCACACUGACACAUAAGUAUACACGCACGCACACACGCACGCACAAGAUACCACAGCCAGCAACUUAAACCCGAAUUUUACACAUCACUGU